UCGAGCUGUUGAUGAAACAAAAUGUCCCCUUUUUCAAAUGAUCGAUAUUAAGUGGGUCGGCACAUUGUGUUCUAAAAGAAGAUUUCAUGUUUGUCAGUCAGAUGCAAAUAACAUCAUCUUUUACCAAGACAUGGAACUGUAUUUCAAUCAUUUGACGUUGAGAAAUUACACGGAGAGCGUGAGAAUGUGCGAAGAAAGAGGAGCGGAGUUAGUUACAAUAAAAGACUCUCAAAUGAACGAGGUUAUCGUACGAGAGCUCGACACAGGGCGAGCCAGUCCACCUGAUCCCCAAAAUCAGCGGUAUUUCAUUGGCUUGAACGAUAUCAAGAAUGAACAGAAAUGGGUUUGGUCAGAUGGCACAACAGCAACUUAUACCAACUGGUAUAGAGGGGGAUGGACAGAACCAACCAACCCUACAAACAGAGAAGAAGAUUGUGUAAUUACGCUGGAAAACAAGUAUGCCAGGAAGUGGGCUGAUGUUUCUUGUAGUACGAAGUAUCCCAGCAUUUGUCAAAAAAAACUUGUAUUCAACGUUAGAGGAAAUUGCAAAUACCAUAUCAGUCACUUGGACAAGAGAACUUACUACGACGCUCAGUCAUAUUGCUUCAGAAUGAAUAAUACUGCAACGCUUGCAAUGAUCAAAACAGAAGAAAUUCAUGAAUACAUAGAAGAAGCGAUUAAAACAAGAUUUGGUUCAGUCAAUAAUAUGACUUUCUGGGUCGGUGCGAAGAAAGAUAACAGUGAUUUCUGGAGAUACAUUGACGGCGAGCCAUUCUCUACUGGUGGAUUUGAAAAAUGGGCAAAUAGUCAACCGGAAUCUGGGAACAAAUUAUAUCUCAAUACUAGUGUUGAAGAAUCAAACACAGAUCUGCUUUGGUUUUCCGGAACAAAUGACGAUAAAAAAGGUUUUAUCUGCGAAUUACCAGUCAUUGAUCCUUGUCACUCAACACCAUGUAAGAAUGGAGGAAGUUGUAGAAGUACCAUUGGGUGUCAGGUGGAAUGUAGUUGUGAUAACGGAUACAGCGGGACAUAUUGUGAUCGCGGUAAGAAAUCUGUUUGA